CCGUGUUUAUACAUCAAGAGUUCCCAGCAACUUCAUCGAAAGCUGAUUAGACUCAUUCGCCCACGAAAAAACGCCGAGAACGAGCACACCAGGAACGAAGGAGUCAUCAUGACGGACAAAACUGCCAAAUACCGAACUGAGAUCCAGCAGGUAAGUUCCUUAGUCCACCUAGAGAAUCAUCAUUGGUGGAGUGCAGUCCAAUCACUCAUUGACUUCCUCCAUGGGGUCUCAUAAUUUAUUUCCGCCAUUGGAACCCCCAACUCAAUGUACAUACAAGAUGAUAUAAAGCCUCACUAACUAAACAAACAGAUGAUGUACGUGUCUGGAGAGGCGGCCGAAGCGUCACCUGAAACCACUGGCAUGAUUGAGGAGAUUGUGCGACAACAAGUAAUUGAGAUGGUAAGUUCUGAUUUUUUCGCCUCUGCGGUCAGUACUGAUUAUUACAGUUACGGCAGUGUACUGAACAAGCUUCCCGUCGAGGGAGUAGGUCAAUUUCGACCGACGAUCUCAUAUUCUUGAUCCGCGGUGACCUUGCCAAAGUUUCUCGUCUCCGUACAUUUUUGUCCUGGAAAGAUGUACGAAAGAAUGUCAAGGAUUCCGACGACAAAGGAGGCGAAGCCGAUCUUGGAACUGGAGACGAGCCCGGCGCAGCUGUCGCUGGUGGUCCGGUCGUUGAUACCACUAAAAAGAACAAGAAAGCUAAAGUUGGCCUACCUUGGGAAGUCCCGUCCUUCUACAACCAAGAAGUACCCGAGAGAGACGACGAAGAGGAUGAGGACGAGGAGGAAAUGAAUUAUGCAACUCUCCAGCGUCUCAAAAAGGCUGAUGAACGGACGAAAGUGAUGACCAAGGAGGAAUACGUCACAUGGUCUGAAUAUCGACAAGCCUCGUUCACUUUCCGAAAAGCGAAGCGAUUUAAGGAGUGGGCUGGAUUUGGUGUCGUUACUGACUCCAAACCUAACGAUGAUAUUGUGGAUAUCUUGGGUUUCUUGACUUUCGAGAUUGUACAGACACUUACAGAGGAAGCCCUCAAGAUAAAGGAGCAGGAGGACUUGGGCAAGGAGAAGUCUGGUGGUGAGCAGCAGGGAAAGAAGCGCAAACUCACUGGAUUGUUUGAUCCCCCUUCAGAAGGCCGUACUCCAGUUGAGACUCGUCAUAUUCAAGAAGCAUUCCGAAGAUUGCAGCAACGUCCUAACAAGCAACGAGCUCUGAGUAAUUUUACCAGAGGCCUGAACAGAACACAAUUGAAACUCGUAUGUUCCAAGGUUUCCGUAUUACUGGUUCCGAUACUAAUCAUCAUUUAGUUCUAAUCGGUGGUAACUGGCAUUGGUUUGGGAGUUAUUUGGGGGGGCAAGGUGUUAUGGAUACCAGACUUUUUGUAUGCAAAAAAGUUGCAUAGCGGAGUCAACGGAAACUUGCUGGUUUUUUGACUGCUAAAAUUAAUUCUUGUGGAUUUUGUUAUUUUCUUCUUUCGUCUUUCUUACUUGACGAUAAUCCACUCAUCUUUUAAUUCGUGUUUUCUAUACAAAUUUGAUGGACAUGAAACCAUUGACCAAUAGUAUUACUAUACUAUGCCACUACCACA